AUGGGAUUGGGGUCGCGAAAUUGUUUUGCUGAAAAGGGCGUUAAGGUCUUGAUCCUGGAUCGGAAUCCUCUUGCUACCAAGUUGGCCGUAAAUACAUACUUCUACAAGAUCGACCUCACGGAUUCGGAAGGCAUAUCAUCGGUUGCGGAUCAAAUCAGACAAGACCACGGGGACCCGACCGUUCUGAUCAACAAUGCCGGAUUCGCAGAAUUAAAAGCUAUACUAGACUUGCCAGAGUCUUACUUCAAGAAUAUCUUGGAUGUAAACCUCCUCGCUCCCUACCUCCUCACCAAGCAGUUCAUCCCUAGUAUGAUUAAGAGGGAUCACGGCCACAUUGUCAACAUCGCUAGCCAAGCAUCCUUUGCCACGCAAGCGACGAAUGUGGCCUAUGGCUCCACCAAGGUCGGACUACUGGCUUUCCACGAAGGCCUUGGCCAGGAGCUGAGAUAUAUUUAUAAAGCCCCUCGCGUUCGCACCAGUGUUUUGCAUCCCUCCUGGAUUAGGACGGCCAUGACAGCAGAACUUGUUGCAAAGGGAAAGCUGAGGGAUACCGUUACGCCAGCUGAAGUUGUGGCUGAUAGAAUUUGCGACCAGGUCUUUUCUGGCUUUAGUGCACAGAUCAUUGUGCCUUCGAACUUGUGGUGGACUUCUUUGAUCUGA